GCUAUCUAUACACAUGUAUGUAUUUCAUGGAGGCAUAAUGACAUCGUGACGUGUCCAGUUGACAAAGGUUAGAAGUGACAAAUGUUUUUUUAAACAUAAUUUUGUGAAAUAUUUACCAAGAGAUGUUAACAAAAUUUGAGACAAAAUCUGCUCGUGUAAAAGGAAUCUCUUUUCAUCCAAAACGUCCAUGGGUGCUUGCAAGUUUACACAAUGGUGUUAUUCAAUUAUGGGAUUAUCGCACGUGUACUUUAUUAGAUAAAUUUGAUGAACACGAUGGACCAGUUCGUGGAAUAUGUUUUCACAAUCAACAACCAUUAUUUGUAUCUGGUGGUGAUGACUAUAAGAUUAAAGUAUGGAAUUAUAAGCAAAAGAAAUGCCUCUUUACUUUAUUAGGGCAUUUAGAUUAUAUUAGAACAACUGUAUUUCAUCAAGAAUACCCAUGGAUUUUGAGUGCAUCAGACGAUCAAACUAUUCGUAUCUGGAAUUGGCAGGGCCGCAAUUGCAUUUAUAUCUUGACUGGGCACAAUCAUUAUGUCAUGUGUGCACAGUUUCAUCCUACAGAAGAUAUCAUUAUAUCAGCUUCUUUAGAUCAAACGGUCAGAGUAUGGGAUAUUACUCUAUUAAUAAAGAAACAUGUAGCUCCUGGUCCAGUAGCCUUGGAAGAUGACGUAAAAACUACAGUAGGCACAGAUAUAUUUGGCCUAUCAGACGUUAUUGUAAGACAUGUCCUGGAGGGACAUGAUAGAGGUGUUAAUUGGGCAUGCUUCCAUCCAACAUUGCCUCUGAUCGUUUCUGGAGCAGAUGAUCGUCAGAUUAAAAUGUGGAGAAUGAAUGAUGCCAAAGCUUGGGAGGUUGAUACUUGCCGUGGACAUUAUAAUAAUGUCUCUUGUGUUUUGUUCCAUCCUAGACAGGACUUAAUUCUUUCAAAUUCUGAAGAUAAAAGUAUCCGCGUUUGGGAUAUGUCUAAACGUACUUGUUUGCACACAUUUAGAAGAGAACACGAGCGAUUUUGGGUCCUGGCAGCACAUCCUACAUUGAAUCUGUUUGCUGCUGGUCAUGAUUCUGGAAUGAUUAUUUUCAAAUUAGAAAGAGAACGUCCUGCAUAUGCUGUAUAUGGAAACGUUCUUUAUUAUGUGAAAGAACGGUUCCUUAGAAAAUUGGAUUUCACUACUUCAAAAGAUACGUCCGUCAUGCAAAUCCGAGGAGGUGGAAAAACACCUCCUUAUAGCAUGUCGUAUAAUCAAGCUGAGAACGCUGUUUUGAUCUGUACUAGAUCAACCAAUAAUGUUGAAAAUAGCACUUACGAUCUAUAUUUGAUACCGCGCGAAGGUGAUUCAAACACUGAUGCUGAUGCGAAGCGGGCUUCGGGUGUUACUGCCAUCUGGGUUGCCAGAAAUCGUUUUGCGGUGUUAGAUAGAGCAUAUUCGUUGGUCAUCAAAAAUUUGAAGAACGAAAUUACGAAAAAGGUGCAGAUCCCAAACUGUGACGAAAUAUUUUACGCUGGUACUGGAAUGCUCCUUUUACGUGAUGCUGAUCAAGUGACGCUCUUUGACGUUCAACAGAAAAGAACAUUAGCCGAAGUAAAAAUUUCUAAGUGUAGAUAUGUCGUUUGGUCUAGCGAUAUGACUCACGUCGCUUUACUCUCGAAACAUGAUGUUAACAUUUGUAAUCGACGUCUGGAAUCCUUGUGCUCUGUACACGAAGAUACUAGGGUAAAGUCGGGAGCUUGGGACGAUUCAGGAGUGUUCAUUUACACCACUAGCAAUCACAUCAAAUAUGCAAUCAACAAUGGUGAUCAUGGUAUUAUACGUACAUUAGACCUCCCGAUAUAUGUAACGCGAGUUAAAGGCAAUCAAGUUUAUUGCUUGGACAGAGAAUGCAGACCAAGGAUUCUUCGAAUAGAUCCAACUGAAUAUAAAUUUAAAUUGGCUUUGAUCAAUAGGAAAUACGAAGAGGUUUUGCACAUGGUUCGCAACGCAAAUCUCGUUGGCCAAUCUAUAAUUGCAUACUUGCAACAGAAGGGAUAUCCCGAGGUUGCUUUGCACUUUGUUAAAGAUGAAAAGACAAGAUUUGGGCUUGCCCUUGAAUGCGGAAAUAUCGAAGUUGCUUUAGAAGCUGCGAGAUCGCUUGAUGAAAAAUCCUGUUGGGAAAGCUUGGCCCAGGCUGCCCUGUUGCAAGGCAAUCAUCAAGUUGUCGAAAUGUGCUAUCAGAGAACUAAGAAUUUUGAAAAACUGGCGUUCCUGUAUCUUAUAACUGGUAAUUUAGAGAAAUUACGUAAGAUGAUAAAAAUUGCAGAAAUUAGGAAAGACGUUUCUGGGCAAUAUCAGGGUAGCUUGUUACUUGGCGACGUUUAUGAACGUGUAAAAAUAUUGCGUAAUUCUGGUCAAGCUUCGUUAGCUUAUGUAACUGAGAAAAUUCAUGGUAUAUCAUCUCCAGAAGACGACAUCCAAUAUAGUUCUAUGAGUGAAGAACUUUCUGCUCUUGAACAGGGAGCAGAAUAUCUUCGACCUCCGGUACCAAUUCAACAGGCCGAAAACAACUGGCCACUGUUGACAGUAUCAAAAGGUUUCUUCGACGGAGCGAUGAUGUCGCGUGGAAAGAGUCAGGUAGCUGCUGCGUUGGCUCCGGAAGAUGAUAGCGCUGUACCUGUUGAAGGGUGGGGCAAUGGCGAAGAGUUGGGAAUAGACGAUGAGGAAGGUAUCGAAAAUGAAAACGUUCCUGAGGACGAAGAAAGUGCAGGAUGGGAUGUGGAGGACGUAGAUUUACCGUCGGAACUCGAAACUCCAGUGGCUGCGACGGAAAAUGGCUAUUAUUCACCACCAACUAAGGGAAUACCACCAACUCAACAUUGGAUGAACAAUUCGCAAUUGGUUGUAGAUCAUGUACUAGCUGGAUCACUAGAAACAACAUUUAGAUUGCUAAAUGAUCAAGUUGGUGUAGUUGAAUUUGAAGCGUAUCAAAGUCUUUUCAUGAAUACAUUCGCACGCGCUAGAACAUCAUUUGCUUCGUUACCCAAUAUACCUUCUUUAUAUGGAUAUCCUCAAAGAAAUUUAAAAGAUACAAAUCCAAAAAGCAAUCUGCCUGCAAUCGGAUUGCAUCUUAUCGAUUUAGUUCAACGACUUCAAGUAUGCUAUCAUUUGACAACUGGCGGCAAGUUUCCAGAAGCGAUAGAAAAAUUGCAAGCGAUUCUACUCAGUGUACCAUUAUUGGUUGUUGACACGAGGCAAGAUAUUAUAGAAGCACAGGAAUUGAUUCAAAUUUGUAGAGAAUAUAUUCUAGGUUUGAAAAUGGAGACUGAAAGGAAGAACCUACCUAAAGCUACUUUAGCUGAACAAAAACGAAUCUGUGAAAUGGCAGCCUACUUUACACACUGCAAUUUACAACCUGUUCACCAGAUUCUCACUCUAAGGAUAGCUGUAAAUAUGUUCUUCAAAUUAAAAAAUUACAAAACUGCAGCUUCGUUUGCAAGAAGAUUACUUGAAUUGGGACCUAAACCUGAAUUAGCACAACAAGUUAGAAAGAUUUUGCUGGCCUGCGAUAAAAAUCCGGUGGAUGAACAUCAAUUAGCGUACGACGAACAUAAUCCGUUUUCAUUAUGUGCAAGCACGUUUGUUCCAAUUUACAGAGGAAAACCAGAAGUCAAGUGUCCAUUAUGCGGUGCAAGUUAUUUACCUCAAUUUAAAGAUACAGUAUGCAAAGUUUGUGAAGUUGCACUAAUCGGGAAACAAUGUAUCGGUUUAAGGAUAAGUCCUGUUCAAUUCCGAUAAAUUUUCGAUAUUUUUAUCGUUAUUAUUACAAAUAAUACAGUAUAUUGUAGUACAAUAACGUUUGUUUUGUAAUUUUUCAAUUGUAUUAUAGAUGAAAAAUAUGUCAUUACAAAAGGUAUUGUAAAUAUGAUAAGAGAUAACUUUUACGUAUUUCCUCUAUUACUUUAUAGAGAAAAAGUUUGUGUAAUGUUAUUGUCGUUAAUAUUAUUUCAUAUUGGAACAUAGUGGACAUGUAAUAUAUAACAUA